AUGGAGACCCAGACCGCCACACCGCAAACAGAAUGCGAAUGCGGUGUACAUCCGUCGGUCUUCUACCUACUGGCCACCUUACUUCUCACCAGUUGCUCCACGGCGAUGUUAUGCGCAGCCAUCAUGACAGAGCACUGGGAGCAUGUUGUGUGGGAGCAUGCGGCUCUGGCGGCACUCGCAAACACCUCCAAUACGGCAAUACAAUGGCUACUUGAUGAAAAAGUGGCCAAGAUUGAAGACACAAUUAGUAGAAAAGGCGGAGGGACCUUUUUAGUUCCAAUGAACGGCGGUAUUUGGACCAUGUGCGUCGCUUUAGACGAGGAAGAAGUGUCCAUACUGUCGAGAGCUGGAUUCCCUUCACAACCUGUAUGCACAAACUAUUUAGCGAAUAGCGACGGUGAAGAACCGCGAGCUGAUUGGCAACAUCGUAUGCAGAAUCUAUCCAUAUCAUGCGCCCUUGUCUGCUUGAUAGUGUUGGGAAGUGCGGCUUUGGUCGGUGCUUUCGGCAUCUGCAAACACCAAAUAAGCGCUGUGCUUAUAACUGGUGUUAUGUAUCUGUUAGCUGGGCUGUUUGCAAUGUUUACUCUAAUGAUAAUACACUUUAAGCGUGUUCAACGCGUCUCUGCUCGCGGCAGUUCGCAUAUAGACGGCACAGACGACGGAGUGGUGGGUCCACGCGGCCCCGCCAUGACUCUCCUCUCAGCUAGAGAGUUCUCCACCUCAUGGUCUCUUGAACUCGGAUGGGGAGGCGUGGCCCUCGCAACAACCACGUCCCUUCUUUGGAUAUUACUGUCUAAAAUAAUGAGAUAUAAUCCUAUAUCUGCUAUGCUGUUAUAA